CUUUCACCAUACUCUAACCCACAUAUUCACUACUGUAACUAGUAUCUGUACUAUGAAAACCCGUGCAAAAAAAAAGUAUGCCGUGUGAUGCAACAAAACUAAACACCGCAAAUUAAGGAGGAAUUGACAUUUAAAGUUAUUUCAGUGGUGUAUGAACGUGGUUGUGUUUACAUGUUGUCAGAGGCUCAAGAGACCCCACCUCUGCUCCUCAUUAUUCCAUCAAUAACACUAUGGGGCAAACUCUGAGUGAGCCAGUCACACAGAAAGAAACAUCCCGGUGUGAAAAUUCAUGGCUACGUGUUGGUGCAUCAUGUAUGCAAGGAUGGCGUGUAAACAUGGAAGAUGCACAUACAACAAUACUCUCACUCCCAGAUGACCCAGGAACUGCCUUCUUUGCUGUGUAUGAUGGUCAUGGAGGUGCAAGAAUUGCACAGCAUGCUGGUAAGCACCUACACAAGAGCAUUUUAAAAAGGCCGGAGUACAAAGCUGGGGACAUCGAAACUGCUGUUAAGCAGGGUUUCUUAGAUUUGGACAACUCAAUGCAGACAGAUGAGGUGUUAAAAGAUGAACUGGCAGGUACCACAGCCAUAUGUUGUCUUCUUCGUAAUGGAACUGUCUACUGUGGAAACGUUGGAGACUCACGAGCAAUAGCGAGUGUAGGAGGGCGUGUUGAAGAGCUGAGCAAUGAUCACAAACCAAGUUUAGCCUCAGAGCAACGGAGAAUCACAGCAGCGGGUGGAUGGGUGGAACUGAACAGGGUUAAUGGCAAUUUAGCAUUGUCAAGAGCUUUAGGAGACUUUGUUUUUAAGAAGAAUGAACUAAAAAGUCCCGAAGAACAAAUUGUUACCGCAUGUCCAGAUGUUAUAGUGCGAGAGAUAACGGAAGAGUGGGAAUUCAUCUUGUUAGCUUGUGAUGGCAUUUGGGAUGUCAUGACCAACCAGGAAGUGGUCAACUUUGUGAGACUACGGUUAUCUCAAGGUAUGGAACCUGAAGAUGUGUGCGAGGACCUUAUGACCCGGUGCCUGGCCCCCGACUGUCAGAUGGGCGGUCUGGGCUGCGACAACAUGACUGUCGUUCUCAUCUGCCUAGUUCACUCAGGAUCUUGGCAAGAGGAUUUGUUCAAACUUAGGGAACGCAUGACGAUAGAAGGGCUGUUGCCUUUUGGAUCUGAUGAUUCAUCCUCCUCAAGUGAUGAAAAUCGUGAUUGUGUAGCAGACUUCAGGAGGGUUUUGCAUGAAGAAAACUAAUUUAGUAUCUCUCAGACUUAGGCUAUGUUUAACUACAGGAGAAGUGUGCUCGGCCAAGUUUAUCGCUUGGAAACCAGAGCAACGGUGAUGACAGUGAUUUGGACUUGCAGUGAGCAGAAGGAUCAUUCAGUCAUUUUGUAAUGAUAUGGAAAUAGAUUCAUACAUACUUUCAUAAAUUCAUUCUUAGUAUGUAAUAUGUAUGUUUAUAUGUAUGAAACACGCACAUACCUACACUAACCUUGACUUCAAAUGUAUAUACAGCCUAAUACCUGCAAUAAUACAUAGGUGAAUGCCCACUCAUACAUGCUCUCGUACACUAUCACAUGCCCCAACGUAUCUGCUUGUGUGUUCACAAGUGUGCACACACACACACUCGCACACACACACUCGCGCACACACACACUCGCGUACACUCGCGUACACACACACUCGCGUACACACACAUACACACACACACACACACACACACACACACACGUAUGUACGUGAAGAGGCGGGACCAGGAGCUGUGACUCACCCCCUGCAACCACAUAUAGUGAGUACACACAUACAUUAUCUUUCCAGUAAAUGGGGAAAAAUGGUUGACAGAAACUUUUCAGUCACUGUGGAUGUAUAAAUUGCCACUGCCAGUUGAGGAAUUUCCAGGUUACAGUACAUUAACACCAUGUUUGAGAUUAGCGAAAUUCUACAAUGUGCUUGUUAUUUCUACAUUUGGCAUUGACAGCAAGUCUCUAGUAGCUCUGAAAAACCUCUUCCAGCCAUUUAUCCCAUUUUCUAGAAAUGUUUCGAUAUCCAGUUCUCACAAACUUUUUUUUCCAUACAGUAUAUAUAUAUAUAUAUAUAUAUAAAUUAUACAUGUAUAUAAUGUUAUGUGAUGAUAUACUAUUCAUAAAGAGCUUUGCUAACUCAUGAAUGGCAUUAAAUGUGUGUGAAUUUGUCACAAAUUUAUUUGAUGAUCAACAAAAGAUUGGGUAUAAUAUUAAUACAAUGACUGUUCUAUGUACUAAAACAAAAUUAUUUUUACUCUUGGUAUAAAUUCCUUUCAGUUGCUGUUUUGGUUUUCUGUGAUCAUUCUAUUCAUGGUUUUGUUGAAUUAUUAAUGUGGAUAAUUUUUUCCCUUAUUCCACUGUAGGAAAAGUAAGUUUACAAAAGCCUUCCUUAAAGUGUUAUGAGGAUGUAUAUUUAUAGCGAUUUUUCUAUUUUUUUUCGAAUCUUGCUUGAUCAAGAGGAAUUUACAUUCUGUACAUCUUUUGUUUUCAUUUUAAUAAAGCUCAUUAUGUUUUACAUUUAUAAAAAAGAACUCCAGCAUUCAUGUAUAUUUUUCAUUUUGUCAUUUUUGAUUCAUUAUUAGACAUUUCAUUAUUCAUGCAAAGGUAUUGUUAGUUAUACUCAUUACUUUACAGAGAAGUUUGUACUAUGGUGUUAAUAUUAAAGCUUGUGUGUGGAGGCUUGCUGGUAACUUCAUGUAUAUAGGACCUUCAACGUUCUUUACAGGUCUGUAAAAUAGAUGUGAACUGUACUGGACACAGGAAGGUAUCAUGUCAAGCCCACUUUUGUCAAAGUUGCCUUUUAUUUUUUUUUUUGUCUUGUGCUGCAGAUUCUUUUAUAUUCUGAAAUUA